UCUGUGUUCAUUUUAACUUCCUUGCAACCGUGCAACGUAGAGGUAUGAAUGUAUAGUGUAUUAUCGUAUACGUGUGUAUAUAGAGUUAGUCCGGUCCGGGCCUGGAAGAAUCGAGACAUUGAGACAGUGGUGUGUACGGUCUACAUAAGGUGGCCCGUCUGUCUGUCUGUAUAACCUCGACGACGACGUGGACGUCGUUGCAAGCUGCAACAACUGCGGCGAUCGAGAGCCGCAGUCAGGGGCGCCUCUGCGUUAUUUCCGCGAAGAGGAAUAGGUAAUAAAGUACCGUGUCGCGAAAAUAAGGAAGAGAAUUAAGCGAGUCAUCAUCAAACGUAUAGAAGUUAGUUGCAGCAGCAGCCCAGUAGCCGUUGCCUCGUCGCCGCCACCGCUACCACCGCGAUCAAGAUGGCAGAGGCCCAAGAGGAGAGCCGCAAGAAAAUCACCAUCACCAUAAAAACACCCAAGGAUAAGCAGACUGUUGAGAUCGAGGAGGAUGCCUCCAUUAAGGACUUCAAAGAAGUGGUUGCCAAGAAGUUUGAUACACAGCCGGAACAGGUGUGUUUGAUAUUUGCUGGAAAAAUUAUGAAGGAUCAUGAGAACCUGACAAAUCACAAUCUCAAAGACGGUCUGACGGUGCAUUUGGUGAUUAAGACGCCGAGGAAUGCAGCAACUCCAAAUAAUCAAGACAGCACGCCUCAGAGAUCCACUCCAGCAGCUGAUAUACAUGCAUCGCCGUUUGGACUUGGUAGCUUGGGUGGAUUGCCAGGCUUGGAAAAUCUUGGAUUGGGCUCUGGAAAUUUCGCGGAAAUUCAGCAGAGGAUGCAAAGGGAAUUAUUUACAAAUCGCGACGCUUUGAGACAAGUUUUCGACAAUCCUUUGGUGCAGAGUUUAAUGAGUGAUACUGAAAGUAUGCGAAGUUUAUUCCUGGCAAACCCUCAAAUGCAAGAGUUGAUGCAACGCAAUCCAGAAAUUAGUCACAUGUUAAAUAAUCCAGAUCUUCUUAGGCAAACUAUGGAAUUAGCUCGGAAUCCAUCAAUGUUGCAAGAGUUAAUGCGUUCACAUGAUCGGGCGCUAUCUAAUCUGGAGAGCAUUCCAGGAGGUUACAGUGCACUCAGGCGCAUGUACAGAGACAUUCAAGAGCCAAUGUUAGCUGCAGCGGCUAACGAUAGAAACCCUUUUGCUGCCUUAGUAGAAAAUAAUGACAACGCUGCAGAAGCCCCGAAUCCACAGCAAGGUCAAGAAAACAGAGAUCCUCUACCGAAUCCCUGGAAUUCAGGGCAAACUGAUCCAUCAUCCACGGGAACGACCGGUACAGGCACAGAUGCAGACGGAGGUGCAAACACAGGUACAACUGGAACGGGCACUACUGGCGCAGGCAUUGGUAGAGGACUCAUGGAUACACCAGGAAUGCAGAGUCUUGUUUCCCAGAUGAUGGAAAAUCCAACACUCAUGCGUAACAUGCUAAACGCUCCAUACACACGUACCGUUCUGGAAACCAUGGCCUCAGAUCCAGCAAUGGCCAACAGAAUAAUAUCCGCAAAUCCAUUUUUAAGGAACAAUCCACAGAUGCAACAGCAAAUGACAGCCAUGAUGCCUAGGCUUAUUGAACAGAUGCAAAAUCCUCAAAUGCAAAAUAUUAUCACCAACCCCGACGCCAUGUCAGCCUUAAUGCAAAUUCAGCAAGGUAUGGAGCAACUCCGGAACGUUGCCCCGGAACUUGUUGGAAACCUAGGUUUGACUGUUCCUCCUAGUCCUGUAAGUACACCAAACGCAACUACCACCACAAAUUCCAGUUCACCAGCUGGGCAGCAAACGCCUACUGAAUCGUCAAAUCAAAAUGAUGUGUUCUCUCAGUUUAUGACGCGAAUGCUUUCGGCUAUGGCUUUAAAUCAAGGAGUAGAAGGAGUUGAUGGUCAACUUCCGCCACCUGAAGAACGAUACAGAGCGCAAUUGGAACAGUUAACAGCAAUGGGAUUUGUUAAUAGGGAUGCAAAUUUACAAGCAUUGAUUGCCACGUUUGGAGAUAUCAACGCAGCUGUUGAAAGAUUACUGGCUAAUGGACAGGCAGCGUUGUUUAAUUUCUAAUUUCCCAAUCAACAAUUAAACAUUCAUACUUUAAUUUUAUAAAUAGAUCGACUUCAAUUAUCAACUAAAACAAUUGUUUUAUUGAAUCGACUUAAAUUAACAGGAGAAAUUUAAUUCCUUAGAAGUAAAAUUUUUCAUUCUUUUGACAAUUAGAUCUUUGCAAAUUAAAACUAAAUUUUGUAUACAUAUGCUUUUAACAGUUGAAUGUUAUGCCUUGCAAUGAAACGAGUAAACUAAUAUGACGAUGUGUUAUGGAAAAA